AACUGAAGGAGACUCAACUACAAAUGAAGAUGGAGGAGCUCCGACCAAAACAGGAUUGUCCUACAAGGUGGAAUUCCACCUACUACAUGUUGAAAAGCUUUAUUGUCAGUAAAAAUGCUAUAAUCUCCACCCUGGCCGUCACCAAUGCACCUGUCCGCCACCUGUCCCAGGAGGAAUGGACCACAGUGCAAGAAAUGUGCACAAUCUUGCAACCAUUUGAGGAAGUCACUGUGGAACUCAGUGCAUAUAUUUUAUACCAUAUUAGAAAUCUGUGUAAUACACUGGAGUAUAUAUCAUUGUCAGUAGAUUUCUGUAUCCUGCAUGCCAAUUUCCUGAUAAAAAAUUAUGGAUAUUUGAUACCACAAUAGAUAUCUGUUUAAUACAUUGUAAUAUUUAUCAUUGUUUCAGCUUUAAAAUUGUAACAUUAAAGUUUUUUUUCUUUUUUUCACCAGCUACUUGACAGCCUCGAAGGUCAUAGUGCUGGCCAAGGGACUUCAAAGAGCCACAGCUGAUUUCCGGCGAAAAACUGCAACAGCGGUAGCGCAAGGUGUGAUCGACAGUCUGUGUGCGAGUAUGUCAUUGCGAUUCCACAGGAUUCAUGCCAACCACAUACUAGCAGAGGCUGCUGCACUUGACCCGCGUUUUAAGAGGAUGGCCUUCUCUGAUGGCAGAACAGCAGAUGAGACAUUUCAAAGGCUGUCAACUGCAGCAGCAAGAAUUAGCAGUGGCAAACCCAUCCAACAGCAACCAGCUGUGGAAGGACUGGAAGGAGCAGGCAGUGGUGCUGGAUCAAUAGUUUGGAGCUAUUUCCAUGAGGAACAGGUAGCUGGAACAGUGGAAGCCAGGAAUCCAACCGCUGAUGCUGUCAUGGAGGUGCGAGCCUACCUGGAGGAGCCUCUUCUUCCAACACAUGAGGAUCCCCUCAAGUGGUGGGAGAGUCGAGCCCCUGUUUACCCCAGGCUUAGCAAGCUGAUGGCCAAGAAGCUUUGUGUUGUGGCGACAUCAGUUCCCUCUGAGAGAAUAUUCUCGAAAACUGGACAGAUAAUCUCAGAGAGGAGAAGUCGCCUUAAGCCCAAAAAGGUCAGAGCUCUUGUCUUCCUUAAUGCAAAUUUGCCCAAGGACAAAAAAGAGAGGCAGAAAAAGCCAUAAAGUAAGGAACUGCUUUGUAUUUAUUUACAUUGCAUUUUGUGUUCAUUUAAAACUUGUUCUUUUAAAAAGUUUACAAAACAAAGUUUACAGCAGUAAUAGUAUGUAGUAUGUAGACAUUUCCAUUUUAUUUAUUCUAAUUUUAUCUACUUUAAAUAUUUUUUGUUUUCUAUCAAAAUGUUCUUGUGUGAUAACAAUGUUCUUGUGUGGAAGUGUUUGUAGUAAAAGCUGUUUUGCACAGAAA